UCUCUUUCUCCAUCUUCUUCCCUUUCCGUAGGGACGCCUGUCAACCGGAUCCCCAUCAUGGCCAAGCAGGUGCUGGACCUGUACACGCUCUACCGGCUGGUGACCGAGAAAGGGGGCCUGGUGGAGGUCAUCAACAAGAAGAUCUGGAGGGAGAUCACCAAAGGACUCAACCUGCCCACCUCCAUCACCAGCGCCGCCUUCACCCUCCGGACGCAAUACAUGAAAUACCUCUAUCCCUACGAAUGCGACAAGCGGGCUCUCAGCUCCCCGGGAGAACUCCAGGCCGCCAUUGACAGCAACCGGAGGGAGGGCCGGCGGCAGACCUUUGGAACGGCGCUCUUCAGCUACUCCCCGGUGGGCACCCCGGGGGCCCUCUUGUCUCCCCCCAAACUCCCCAUGUCCUCCCUCACCAUCUCCACCCACAACUGCAACCAGAUCGGACAGGUCCACGCCAUCAAGAAAGAGGACAGCAUCCUUUCAGCAUCGGUGCCUGGCCGUCUGGCCAUCCCCGUCUCCCUUUCUGGUCAUCACUUGGUGGCGGCGCAAGCGGCGGCCUCGCAGGCGGUUGCGCUGGAGCAGCUGCGGGAGAAGCUGGAGACGGGGGAGCCUCCGGAGAAGAAGAUGGCACUGGUGGCCGAGGAGCAGCAGCGGUUGGUGCAGCACGCCCUCCAGCAGAACCUCCUGGCCAUGGCCUCCCAGUUCCCCGUCAACAUCAAGAUCAACAACCGCGGCGAUGACAGACAGGAAGCCGCAUUGAACCUGUCCACCAACGGCAUUAGCAGCAUCAACAUGUCAAUAGAAAUAAAUGGAGUUGUCUACACAGGUGUGCUGUUUGCCCGAAGGUCGUGCCUCCCCAGCAGCGCUGCCGGCCCCCACAGCCACGUCAGCCCCGUGACGCCGCAGAGCCAGCGCGGCCACACUCCGUCCAGCACCUCGCCCUGAGGCAGGGAUGGGGCCACCCAGAGCCCCCGACCCUUGCGCCCCUUGACCCGUGGCCAGCUUCUUUGGGGCAGCACUCCUCCUACGCACCUGAGCCAAGAGAGAUGAGGGGCGUUCAAGGGGACACUGGGUGGAUGGAGAAAAAAACCAGAGUGGGUCUGGAGGAGAGGGUCUCAGCCUGGGUUGGACCGUGGUUUCAAUGGCUUCUCCUUCCUUGCACCUUGUGGCUGAGGUUGCCCUUUGGAUCUCACUUAAGGAAAAGGUGGGGUCUCCUUCUUAGACCUGGUUCCUGCAGAUUCUCCUUCAUUUGGGCUCAACUGGGACGGUUGAGAAGACCCAAGGGCACUUCUGGUUGGUUGAGCACACAGGUGGGGUGUGUAUCCUUCCCUCACCUCUGUCUCGUACACACAUUUUGACACCAGGAUGGACACCAGCCUCUUAAAUGCACACCUCUCUCUCCUACCUCUUUUUUUCAUGUCAGGAGCAACUUGAGUCGCUUCUGGAGUGAGAGAAUCGGCCGUCUGCAAGGACGUUGCCCAGGGACGCCCGGAUGUUUUGAUGUUUUUACCAUCUCCUACCUCUGUGCUGUCCUUUCUUCGGCACCUACAAUCCCCAGCCAUUGGGAUUUUGCUCUUGGACAUCAGGAACCAAUCGACGAUCCUAGUUUUGCGCUUCUCUCUCUGUGUCGGAAAUCUCCAAACCAUUCUGUCUCCACUGAUAAGAACAUGGGCAGAAGAAGCAUCUGGAGGAGAAUGAAAGUCUGGGAUAAGAACAGAAAAGGGGCUUCUGUUUGGGAUGGACCCACGGGGACCAAAGAAAGGCUCGGCCAAAGCAAAAGGGGGCUUUGUGGGCUGCCCACCAGGGACUUCUUGACCUCCCUGCCGCCUUGGCUCUUUUGCCAUCUCCUUGCCCCCUUCUACCCCCUCCAACCCCCCAAUUCAGAUACCUCACGCUCACAAGGGGAAGGGGCCGACCCAUCAGGGAACCAAACGCACAAUCCGUGACCUCAGUGCACUUUUCACACUUGGGACCGGGAUGGAGGGGAAGCAGGUGGGCCUCUGAAGAGCGGCAACUAAAUAUUCGCCUCCUUUCAAAUGACUGGGUUUUUGGGGUGGAGGGUGGGUUGGGGGGGGUCUCUUUUGUGUGAGUGCAAAAGUGUAAAUGUACCAAAGAAGGGACUGGUUUCAUCUACCUCAUGUUCUUUAUGACGUGCCAACGGGUAGGGUGGGAUUUGAGAGGGCUGCGUUCUCCAAAUGGAAGAAGAUAGAGGUAAAAAUGUUUGGACGCUUUACGGACACAGCGGGUUGGUUGCUUUGUUGUUUUUCCUCCAGAGGAAACUCCAAACACAAUGGCAAACGAAUGUCCUAGCGUUGAAAGGCCCCGGCUCUCCAUUCCUGCCUCUGCUCCUCCUUCCCAAGAACUGGAACACAAUCAUGCGCUUGACCUAAGAAAUGCUCUUUUCCUUCCCUGCCACCUGUUCGGCAGAUGCAAGAAGAUAGAGGUAAAGCUAAUGUUUGGACGCUUUACGAACACAGCGGGUUGGUUGCUUUGCUGUUUUUCCUCCAGAGGAAACUCCAAACGAAUGUCCAAGCAUUGAAAGGCCCCGGCUCUCCAUUCCUGCCUCUGCUCCUCCUUCCCGACAACUGGAACACAAUCAUGUGCUUGACCUAAGAAAUGCUCUUUUCCUUCCCCGCCGCCUCUUGCGUUGGAUGUGGGCACACUGCUGUUGCCAUGGGGCCAUAGUUGGGCAGCAAUCUGCGCAUCGUUGGCAAAUCCAGCUUUUGGAGAUCCCUCUCUUUGCAGAAAUGAAUGCGACGCAAGCUGUCUCCUUUUGGAAGAUCCACAUGCAGACUUGGAGAUCCUGGUCCAGGGUUUGGGUGCUAAAUCCGGUGGACAGUUUUAAGCUCUUGGACCAAGGAUCGGACCCAGUUUGGGCACUUGGUUUUCCUGGAGGGACUGGGAAGGAAGCGGUUGACGAUCUCGUGUCUGUCUCUCUCUUGUAUCUGUGUCUUUCUCCUUCCUUGUGCUUGGCAGGUAGUGCUAGAUCUCCCUUUCGCAGUGUCUGUGAUGCUUCCCCGCCGGCCUUUGUCCCUUCUCCUCUCUCGCUUUAUUCCCUUCUCUCUUCCUCUCUCUCCCCCUUUUCCUUGUAUGUUUCGGAGUCAGUCCAGCAGACCUGGAUUGUGGUGCUCAGGGGAAUGAAUGCAAGUGUCACUUGAGAUGAAAAAGGAAAACAAAUAAAAGUGGAAAUACAUUUUAAAAGAGA